GGUUUUAACAAUUGGAAGAGAAGAUGGAGUGCAGUUGUGUGAAGAUGCUCAACUCGGUACAAGGAUUUUGAGUCUGUUCUGCUCACCUGUUUGAGAAUAUCUCGUAGUCACAGAAAAAAAAAAUCAAAAGGGUUGAAACAUGGAGGGACGUAUAGAGCAGCAGUGCUCGACGGAUGCUGCUGUCAUCAUUGUGGAGAACGAAGCUGAGAGCAUGCAAGUGCACGAGGGAAGGUCCGGUACAACCGGGCAGAAUUACCUGGACACGUGCCCAGUUUGCCGUCUAAACUUCCACAGUCGCGAGCCCAAACUUCUCCCGUGUUUACACUCCUUCUGCAAGAAAUGUUUACCUCCACCCUCCAGGAAUCUGGCCAUGACGGAGCCGCCACUCUCCCAGGUUGACAGGGCGACCAAACCACUGAAUGUGAUCCGCUGCCCUGUGUGCAGACAGGAGUGUAUGGAGGUAGAUGUGGUUGAAAACAUCUUUGUGAAGGACUCAGUUGAGGCUCCAAGCAGCACAGUGGAGAAGGCUGUCCAGCUCUGUAUGACCUGCGAUGACAACACCAAAGCGGCAGGAUUUUGUGUGAACUGUGUUGAGUACCUGUGUGCCACCUGCGUGGAGGCCCACCAGAGAGUCAAGUUCACCAGAGACCACACAAUCAGGCAGAGAGCAGACGUAUCACAAGAGGUCCGUGGUGUUUCUACUCUGAGGCCGAUGUUCUGUGACAUCCACAAAAAAGAACCUCUGAAGCUGUUCUGUGAGACCUGUGACCUGCUCACCUGUCGUGACUGCCAACUGGCCAAACACAAGGAGCACAAUUACCAGUUCCUUGAAGAUGCCUAUAACAACCACAAACAGCACAUGGAGAACCUGACCCAACAGCUGCAGGAGAAAAAGAAAGUGAUUGGAGAGGUAUCAAACUCCAUCAACAAUGGACUCCUCCAGGUUGAUCAGAACCGUACGUCUGUGCAUAAUCAAAUCAAGAAAUCCAUCUGCACUUUGAUUCUGGAGAUAAACAAGAAGGGCAAGAUGCUGGUGAAUCACCUUGAGGCCGUAACAAAGGAUCAUGAGAGUGUCUUGCGAAAACAACAGGAGGACAUCGGCUAUCUUUCCAGACACCUGGAUCAUGUCAUCAACUUCACCAAAUGGGCCACAGCCAGGAGUGGGGGCACGGGGCUCCUGCACUGCAAACGUUUGAUUCUGUUUCAGAUUGGAAACCUCCUGCGGGCAAAAUGCAGUACCUCGUUUGUACCACAGAGCACUGCUCGCUUCCAGUGUCGAGCCUCGUACUGGGCCUCAAAUGUUGAUUUGGGCUCUUUAGUGGUGGAGAAUGUGCCAGGCCACCAGCUGGGUGGAUUUCAGGGCAUUCCUCAUCCCCGAAGCCACUCUGGGCAGGCACCCUCGGGCUCGCCCAACAGCUCUGCCGUGGGAGCCCCCCAUAAUACUCUGGCUCAGCUCCAAAUGCAGGUGGACAAGCUGAAUAGGCAUGUCCGCUGGCAGCCCCAACCACCUCCUCCUCCCUGGACUUGGUACCAGAGUGUCCAUCUGCAGAGAACUGUCCCGGGGUCCCUACAAGGAGCCACUCCCUCCCACAGUAUGCAGCCCCCACCAGGCCGCAGGUUUACGGUGCCUCCUCCCAGUCAUGUCAGCCCAACCAGCAGCUUAUCGAGCCCUGGGUUUACGCCCCAGCCUCUGAGGAUGAAGGGAAGCAGCCCCAGCUACCAACCAAAACCCAUGGACAUGGUUUCCUCCUCACCUCUGUACACACACAUUACACCAGUGACCGUUAAUGGAGGGGUCAGCUCAUCGCAAUCCAGGCUCAUGAUUGAUCCUACAUAUCUGAAUAGGAGGAAUGACUCAGGUGGUCCAGUCUAUAUGCUGAAAACAAACUAUCCCCAGAGCCUGCUGCCAUUUAUCCCACACAGAAAUGGGCAAGCACAGCAGUGUUCACCAGGGUACGCUGCUGUAUCCCAGGAGGAGAAACCAGGGUGUGUUUCCUGGAAACCUCCAGAAACACAGCCGGCUAAUGGAGCAGUGGGAUCAGCUGCUAAGAAGAGACGGAGGUCGUCACCAGGGCCCAUCAUAGUCAUUAAAGAUGAGCCAGAUGAUGACAGCAGCUAUGUACAUGCCAACCAGAGGGCCAGCCUUCCUGACAGCACAGGUGAUCAACCCCAACAAGUCUGUGCUGGAGGCGAGCCGAGCAAAAUCCCGACUCCUCUUCGAAGCCCUGAUGACAAACCCCAAAGCCAAGCACAGCCUCCAAACAUCCCCUGGGACCAGAGUACGACCAAUGCUCCAAACCAUAUCUCUUCACUGGGAGGAGUGCAGCAGGCAGACGAGCACCAGGCGCCGCUAGAAGCCUCUAAUGAAGUCGUCUGUGCUGUGUGUCGGACUGGGGGAGAGCUGCUGUGCUGCGAUAAGUGUCCCAAGGUGUUCCACCUUUCAUGCCACGUUCCAACUCUCCUCAAAUCUCACAGUGGGGAAUGGUUUUGCUCUCUCUGUCGUGACCUGUUAGUGCCUGAGAUGGAGUAUGAAAGCAAACCUGAAGCCAAUACAGUGAAGAGGGAGCCUGAUUCUGAAGGCGGAUUCCCCCCUGUGGACAAAAGAAAGUGCGAGAGGCUGUUGCUGCUCUUGCUUUGCAGUGACCUGACAUCAGACUUCAAAGAACCCGUAUCCCCCUCGGUAUGUGCUAAUGACAGGCGGUCUAUAAAGGGACCUCUGAACCUUCCCGGUGUGAGAAAACGACUGGAGGCUCAACUGAGUGUGUGCUACCAAAGCCCUGCAGAGUUUGUAUCAGACGUCAGGCUUGUCCUUGGGAACUGUGAAAGUGAGGCUGACACUGAGGUCCCCAUAGCAGGCAGGAAGCUUAAGGAUCUGUUUGAAGAGCAUCUUAAAAUCACUUUCCCUGACCAGACCUUUCCAGAAAUCAAACUGGAGAUGAUUCCUGCUGCCCCUUCUGACUUCAAACUCUCGUCUCUUGACGGUACACCCCAGCCUGCAAAGUGCCAGCGCUCAUGUUCAGACUCCCAGGAUACAUCAAACUGCCCCAACGGAGAGAAGGGAGUCGUAUGAGGAAAAAAAAUCGUUUUGAAUCAUUAUGGUAUUUGACAACACUGCCAACAUCAGUUCAUAUGGGGUUUGUUACGGUUUAUAACGAGCAUUUAUAAUACAAAGUUACCUUCAGGUACCUUUAACGUUUCUCAUAUGUUUAAUGAUUAAGUUGAAUUGCAAGCGUACCAGUUGAAGUACUUUUUCUCUCUUGCUAAAUGUUAAAGACUUGGAAUUCAUUCAAAAGCACUUACAUGCAGCUCUUUUUGGUGUAUACAGGGUUAAACCUUUCCUUUUAUUGGUAACAUAAUCAAUCUGAUGAAUCAGUUUGCUCUUACCGAGUGAUAAGUCUGCUUAUAGUAUACUGUAUAUCAGUCCUGCCAAUAGAUGGUGUGGUCAGGUUUUCAUCCUGCUUAACUCUUUGUGGGUAAAUAGAAGUCAUGGCAGGAAGGAUGAUAGCUUUAAUGUCUUAUGAGGAGUAGGAUCUGUCAAGAAGCUCCUUGAGACCGGUAAAAUGAGAACAUCAGAGGAAUCAAAGUUGUGUGAUAAUACCACACAUUUGAUGUUGUAAUGGUUUAGUUUGUUUUAUUAGGUUUUAUUUAUGUACGUUUAUUUAAGGAAAUACUUUUAUUGUGACGUUUUCUAUAAAUAUAUAUAUAUAUAAUUUUUCUUGUCAAAUCAAAGAGCCAGAACAUUAAACCUGCUUUCAUGGAGGUGUCAUACAGGUGUUUAAAGGGUUCAAUAAAAAUCAUUUUGGUCAAUGA